AUGUACUGGGCCGAGACAUUUACAUCAUAUCAAGUGAUCAUUUACACGUAUAUCGGAUAUAACGUCUGGGAUAUACCUCCAGACUAUCCCGUUAUUCUCGGCGGCAAAUAUACCUACGCAACCGAGCUCAUCUACAAUCCUAUUUUGGCCCUCGUCAAGACCUCCAUCCUACUCUUCCUGCUACGUCUAACCGGCCAGAAAAGGUUGGUGCACCUAGCCAUCUGGGGGCUAUUAAUUGUUAAUGGCAUCGCCGCUGUUAUCACAUUUUUUACGACUGUCUUUCGAUGCGUGCCUGUAGCCGCUAAUUGGGAUUUGGACUCAUAUCCCAAUGCGAAGUGUCUUGACUUUGCAAACUUUGUUACCGGCACGGGGGCAGUCUCAGUUCUCACAGACGUCCUCGCUUUAAUUCUGCCCACCUGGAUCGUAUAUCGCCUACAGAUGCAAUGGACUCAAAAGUUGAUGCUGAUUGGUAUUUUGUCCUUGGGUCUUUUAACCGUGGUAGCAGGCAUUACUCGCCUCGUCCUCCUUGACAAAUUCGACCGUCAUAUGCCAAAGAAUCCCACGCACUCGCUGCUCUUCUGUGUGUCCACCAUUGAAGUUGGUCUGGCGUUUAUCGCUGCGUGCGCUCCCUCUUUCAAGCCACUCGUUACCCGGGUCGUGCCGAGGCUCUUCGGCUCGACCCGCACCGGCCCGCACACCGGCUCCGCCAGCCGUAGGUUGGGUUACAACCUGGAAGAAACGUCGAGCUUCACGCCUCGCACGCACGACCACACCGUCACUACUGUUGCAGUUGGAGAUGGCGAGAUUCUCCACGAUCCCACGAAAACGAAAGGCAAUAAUAUCAUCACCAUGACCACGCAAAUGGAGGUUACUUGGGGUCGGUCUAAUUGUGAGGAGAGGGAUACUAGUAGUACGGAGAGUCUUGUCCACGGGAAGGGAGGUAGUAGGCCCCCUCGGUGA